AACUAUCUGAGCCAGCAUGACUCUUUUAACACUUGGACUCUAUCUGCCACUGUGGUUUUCCUAUUGCCUGGCUCAGUCCACAUUUCCGGACAGCUUCCUUUUAUUCUCAGCAGCUUUCAGACCUCAAGAGCAACAGAAGAGAUUCAGCCCAUGCUGUCUGCUGGGUCCACCUCCACCACCACUGUUUCCUCCACCCCCUUCACUUUGGCGCCGCCACACACUAACUGAAGGCCCAUCACAUAAAAAUGGCGAGUCUGAUUUGGAUCCUGGCUGUACUCGAGGCCCUCCUGGACCUGCUGGACCGCCUGGACCUCAAGGUCCACCUGGAUUACCUGGAAUAAAAGGGCCUAAAGGAGAAAAAGGAGAAAUCGGAAGACCUGGGCAAAAGGGUCGCUCUGGACCUCCUGGACCUCCAGGAAAGCAAGGAAUGCCAGGAUGGCCAGGACCAAAUGGGGCCAAAGGUGAGAAAGGUGACCCGGGUUUGAUGGGUCUACCUGGGGCCAGAGGAUCAAUUGGGCCUAGGGGUUUACCUGGGCACAAAGGAGAAAAGGGUUCUCAAGGUGACCGUGGUGAAACUGGACUUAAAGGAGACAAAGGUGCAAUGGGGUUUCCAGGAAUGCUUGGACAAAAAGGUGAAAUGGGUCCUAAAGGAGAGCCUGGAACCCCAGGGAACAGAGGACCUACAGGCCGACCAGGGAAGAGGGGGAAGCAGGGAGUGAAAGGAGACCUAGGGAGAAUUGGUCCCAUGGGACCCGCAGGCCCACAGGGACCUACUGGCCACCCUGGACCCCCAGGGUUACCCGCCACAGGGCUGUACAUGGUUGGAGCAAAAGGUGCAAGAGGACCACCAGGGCCUCCUGGAAAGUGUAGCUGCAGCUCUCUCAGUGGUUCUUCGUUUGACAACUUUGCCUCCACAGCAAACGUCCCCAAAGUACCUGCGAUAUUUGUAGUGAGCAACGAGGAAGAACUCGAGCGUCUUCACACCGACAACGCUCUUGCAUUUCGAAAAGACCAGAGAUCUCUUUAUUUCAAAGACGUAGAUGGCUGGCUGCCAAUCCAGGUUUUUCCAUUCCAGACGACGCCCUUCCAGUCCAUGGAAAAUGCCCCUGACGAUGACGGUUACUGUGGUGACGGGAUAGUGCAGAUCUCCAACGGGGAGGAGUGUGAUGACCGAAACAGAGUCGUCACUGACGGCUGUGUCAAGUGUAAACAUGCCUACUGCGGGGAUGGAUAUCGUUACGAAGGGGCCGAGGAGUGUGAUGGAAAAGACUUUGGCUAUCAGACGUGUAAUUCAUAUCUUCCUGGGUAA